UUUUCUAGGGUUUCAAACCGUAUCAAAAUUCUAUUUCAAAAAAAAAAGGGUAUCAAAAGUCACUGAGCGACGAAGGAUAAUGGAGAUCUGCGGCGACAAAUGGAAGUCGUCGGACGAUAUGAAGGCUGUGUUGUCCCGUCCGUCACUCGCAUCACGCUUUUCGUUUGGCGAAAGAGUUCCGUGGUGGCUGCACGCAACGACCUUUUCGCCGAGAAAAAUAACAACAGAAGGGGCGGCGAUGGAGUCGAAGCCGCCGUUGAACAAGGAUGGCAUGGUUGCUUACACCUCCUUCUCUUCCAUGUUUUAUCCUGGACGAGCAAAAGUGUUGGCAGAAGAAUGGCCCAUGGUGGAGUCGGCCUUGGGAGAGUAUGGCAUGUCAUGCAAACUCGAUUGGGAUGAGAGGUUCAUAACAGUGGCAACGACGACAAGGACUAGGGGUGCGGAUAUUGUUUACAAGGCUAGGGACCUCCUUCAUCUUCUGGCAUUGACUAAUGUUCCACCAUCAAUGGCCAUACAGAUACUGGAUGGCAGGCUGCAUUGUGACAUCAUCUGGACUGCCAAUUGUUACGGUGGUCUUCUCUCUAAACUUUCGUUUAAGAGUAAGGGGCAAUAUUUUACACGGAUGAAAAAUAUUCGGCGCAACAUAGAGGGCCUUGUAUCUGUAUCCGGUUGCUCCCUCUUCAUUAAUGGAUUUUCUGUCACUGCAAUUAGCGCAAUUCCUGAAGGACUAUUGACGAUCAGGGGUAUUGUGACAUCCUGCAUUGUUAAAGGUCAGAAUCCUGGAACUGCUGUCAGGUUGUUGAAAUUGUUUCAAGAAAGGAAUGGACAGACAGAGAAUCUCGAGAUGGAUGCUUAUGGGUUCAAAACUGCUCCUGGAGAAAAACUGAGAUUCUUGAAGCGAUUAGGUGGGAACCCAUUAGUUGAACAGAAAAAUUCGGAGCUUACCCUGACGAGGGGGGAUGAUGUCGGGGAACUGAAGCCAUCCAUUGGGAACCCGCGAGUUGGAUACAAAAAAUCGGAGGAUGACCCGACACCAGAAGUCAAUCAGACAGAGUUUUCUUUAUUUGGCCCUUCAUUGAACAAAGAUGGAAUGCUUGUGUGUGGUUCGUUCUUCCUUGAUCAUCGAGAAGCCGUUCUAGAAGCUUGGCCACUGUUGAAGUCGCUUUUAGAAGAUUAUGGCAUUUCAUGUACAAUGUAUCUGGCUGAGCGUUUCAUGACAUUAUCAACAACCAGCGGGACUGAAGAUCCAGAUAUUAUUUACAAGGCUAGGGAUGUUCUUGAACUUUUGUCAUUAACUCGUGUUCCACCAUCAAUGGUAAUGAAAGUACUGAAUGAGAAUCUGCAAUAUGACAUCAUCAAGACAGCGUAUCGUAAUGGUGGUUUUUGCUCACAAUAUAAGAUUGACAGGAAGCUAAUUAAGAAGCGGCGUGGACUACUUCGGCCCUACUUAAAGGAACUUGGGGUGCUGACGGGUUGUGAGAUAUAUGUUGAUGGAUGCGCUGUUACUGCUAUGGGUUUUAAGCGUCAAGGAUUAAAGUUGGUCAGGAUUGGCGUGAAAGAGUGCCUUGUUAACAAUGUGAGACCGAAAACUAUGCUUCGGAAGAUGAAGUUGACCCUUGAAAGGAUGAAAAUGAAAGAGGAAAUUACUGCCGGAGAAUUUCCUCCUGUGGAAUCUGCUGGGAACAUGCAUUAAGUGGAAGAUGUGGACUUGGUUUUGAAACUUGCAGAGUAUUAACUUGUGUAAUCGAGAUGUCCUAGAAGGAGGAACGAACUUUAAGCCAUGGUAGAUUGGUAGUGGUUAGGAAAUGGCCUUGUUGGUGAUGGUGUAUUCAAUGACCAAAUAUCGAGUAUCGAGGAAAUAUCAAUGGUUCGAAAAAUGAAAAUUUCGAUGGAAAUAUCGUGAAAGUUUCAAUAUCGAUAAAUUUUUGAACAAAAUUAUGGAAAUUAGGAUAAAAUCAUUGAAAGUUUAAGUGAAACU